AAGCGAGCCUUAGAAAAACGUCACGAGAUACGGGGAUGAUCAUGGGGAGCUGAGGAAAGAUAUCCACAGUUAGCAACAACUGCAAUUAAUGAACUAAAUUAACGACAGUUAGGGCGGCGAGCUACCAGAGGCCACCAUGGCCAACAUCACCAAGAAAGUGUCGUGGUCGAGCAGAGCCGACGAGUCCGGGGCAGCCGGGGAGGGCACACCGCUGCUCAACGGCUCCGAACAACCCAGAUCCUUCAGACAGCUGUCUGAAGGAGGCAGUUUAUUUCAAAUAGGCAGACUCAGCACGGUGGAUUUGGAGGAGGAGAUAACGGCGGAUGAGGACUCUCUGAGGGGGAGACCUAAAGAGAUCCCUCAUAACGAGAAGCUGCUGUCACUUAAGUAUGAGAGUCUCGACUAUGACAAUAUUGAGAACCAGCUGUUUCUGGAGGAGGAGAGGAGGAUGAGUUACGUGGGUUUCCGAUGUCUGGAGAUCAGUCGCUGGGUGGUCUGUGGUUUAAUCGGCUUUCUGACCGGUCUCAUCGCCUGUUUCAUAGACAUCGUGGUGGAGGAAAUGGCUGGGAUGAAAUACAAAGUGGUCAAAGAGAACAUAGAGAAGUUUACUGAGGUGGGCGGCCUGUCGAUCUCUCUCAUCCUCUGGGCCGUCCUGAACUCUGUCUUUGUCAUGGUGGGGUCCAUCAUAGUUGCAUUUUUUGAGCCCAUAGCAGCAGGAAGUGGUAUUCCCCAGAUAAAAUGUUACCUCAAUGGAGUCAAGAUUCCCAGGGUGGUGCGACUUAAGACACUGCUGGUGAAAGUGUGCGGGGUUAUCUGCUCAGUGGUUGGCGGCCUUGCUGUCGGAAAGGAAGGGCCCAUGAUUCACUCUGGCGCUGUUGUAGCUGCAGGCGUCUCACAGGGCAGGAGCACCUCUUUAAAGAGAGACUUCAAGAUCUUUGAAUACUUCCGGAGAGACACAGAAAAAAGAGACUUUGUGUCUGCUGGAGCUGCUGCUGGAGUUUCAGCUGCUUUCGGAGCACCAGUCGGUGGAGUUCUGUUCUCUCUAGAGGAGGGAGCUUCUUUCUGGAACCAGCUGCUGACGUGGAGGAUAUUCUUUGCCUCCAUGAUCUCUACCUUCACCCUGAACUUCUUCCUCAGCAUUUAUCACAACAAACCAGGGGACCUUUCCAACCCGGGUCUCAUCAACUUUGGACGCUUUGAGAGUGAUAGUGUGGCUUAUAACCUCUAUGAGAUUCCCUUGUUCAUCGCUAUGGGAGCUAUAGGUGGGCUGCUGGGGGCUCUGUUCAACUUUCUUAACUACUGGCUGACCAUUUUCAGGAUCAGGUAUGUUCACCGGCCUUGUUUGCAAGUGAUGGAGGCCAUGUUGGUUGCUGCAGUGACCGCGACAGUGUCAUUCACCAUGAUCUACUUCUCCAGUGACUGUCAGCCUCUGGGGCCAGAGCACACUGAGGAGUACCCACUGCAGCUGUUCUGUGCAGACGGGGAGUAUAACUCCAUGGCAACAGCCUUCUUUAACACACCUGAGAGAAGUGUUCGUAGUCUCUUCCACGACCAGCCAGGAACCUAUAAUCCUUUGACACUGGGUUUGUUCACUCUGACGUAUUUCUUCCUGUCGUGUUGGACCUACGGCCUGGCAGUGUCUGCUGGGGUCUUCAUCCCCUCGCUGCUGAUAGGAGCAGCCUGGGGAAGACUGUGUGGAAUACUGCUGGCCUCCAUCACCUCCACUAGUUCAGUUAGUAUCUGGGCUGACCCUGGUAAAUAUGCCCUGAUUGGAGCUGCAGCUCAGUUAGGUGGCAUUGUGAGGAUGACUCUCAGUUUGACUGUUAUCAUGGUAGAGGCUACAGGAAAUGUCACAUACGGCCUUCCCAUCAUGUUAGUGCUCAUGACUGCCAAAAUAGUCGGAGACUACUUAAUAGAGGGUCUGUAUGACAUCCACAUCAAGCUACAGAGCGUUCCCUUCCUGCACUGGGAGCCUCCUGCCACCUCCCAUUGGCUGACCGCCAGAGAGGUGAUGAGUUCCCCGGUCACCUGUCUGAACAGGAUAGAGAAGGUGGGAACCAUUGUGGACACCCUUAGCAACACAUCUACCAACCACAAUGGCUUCCCAGUCGUUGUGCAGGUCACUGGUAGUGAUGAGCCAGCAAAGCUCUGCGGCCUCAUCCUCCGCUCGCAGCUCAUUGUCCUUCUCAAGCAUAAGGUUUUCGUGGAGUUAGCCCGGUCCCGGCUGACCCAGAGGAAACUCCAGCUGAAGGACUUCAGAGAUGCCUAUCCCCGCUUCCCCCCGAUCCAGAGCAUCCAUGUCUCCCAGGACGAGCGGGAGUGUAUGAUGGACCUCACCGAGUUCAUGAACCCGACGCCUUACACUGUACCACAGGACACAUCUCUGCCUCGUGUGUUUAAGCUGUUCAGAGCUCUGGGACUCAGACACCUGGUGGUGGUCGAUGAUGAGAACCGGGUGAUUGGACUGGUGACCAGGAAAGACUUGGCCAGAUAUCACCUGGGCAAACAUGGACUGGAGGAACUUCAGCUGGCCCAGACAUAGUACACGCACCCAAAUCUAUGAACUAUCACCACCUGAUGCCUCAUAAGCCCUUGACCACCAGCUAUGCAGCCUAACGGACACCAUUAUGGACCAACAAGAGGUCUCUGUUAUUUUUUCAUGCCAAAAUGUUCACUAUGAGAACACACGUUAACCCCAUCUAUGCGGUCGGGCCAUUAACAAAAAAUAUUAAUUCAAAUGUGGUGUAUUGUGUAAAAAUUAGAAGACAAAAUAACUGGCUCCAAAUGCACAAUUUGCUCUGUUUCAUCUGCGUUAAGUGAUUUACUUUGAAAAGAUUCUGAAAUCUUGACUUCAGUUAUUUAUAUCAGAGUUUGUUUGAUGGCUACCGAGCUGAGGCAUCAAACGAUAAAGUGACCUGGUACCUUGUUUACUGUGUUGUGUGGGGUCAAAUAAAAUCAGAAUGACACAAUCUUUUCAAAAUAAAACGCAACAGUGACUUUGUCAGCUGGACAAGAUAAAGGAUCAGUUUAAUGUGUUAGCUGGUAAAUUGAUUUUCUCAGAAAAACACCUGCACAUAUCAGUCUUAUUCUGCCUAGUCAACAUCAUGUGAAUCGUUUAAUGUUAGUCAUUAUGAAGCAAUGGUAUACAAUGAUGUGGCGAUACAUUAUUAAUCAGUUAUAACACUGAUAAAGUACAUUUUUAGAUAACUGAAAUGGAUGCUUUAUAUGUCUGGCUAUUGAGCUAAAUAAGACAUUUCAAGUGGUUUGCUAUGAAAUACUGAUUCUGAGUGAGUGUUAAAGGGUUACUUGGUAACACUGUCCCUCAGUGCUUAGGGCCUUCUUUGCUAUGUUUUCCAUUAUUGUAUAGUUUUGCACUGAGCAAAUGCUGUUAUUUAUUGUUGAUGCAGGACACUUUGCGGGUUUUAAUGUAAAGUGUGUGGUUUAGGGUAAUUCAAAACAACUGGCGUGCCGUUUGGAGACAUAAUGGCCACCUGAUCGUUUUUGAAUGUCGUCUCAUGUAGCCAGAAGACACAGUGUGAGGCAGUUUUAGCAAGAAGGAUCUGUUAUUACAUAGAGAUACAGGUUCUUCUUUCUCUCCUCCUGUCGGCUUUGAUAUAUUUGUACUACUGUCAGUAAAAAAUAGAUUGAUACUCAGAGGUACGAGCAUAGUUUUUCACACCUCCAAAUGUUUGCACUUUUGACCUGAUACUGAAAUGUAUUUGGUGAUGAAGUAUUCCUCCUGAAGCCCUACAUGAAGUUGUUUACCACCUUAUCUUUGUGCACUUCAUUGGUUUUAUUCAUUGAUUUUGUUUUUUGUUUUUUUUCUUUGGUGUACAGUUCUAGAUGUUAAAAUAUAACUCUGCUCAAUUUUAUAACCACUGGAAUAGCCUUUAGUGAAAUUAAUAAAGUUGAAAUUUAUCUAUUGUUA